AUGGAAACUGAAACAAUCAUUUAUCCAAGAUCUGAGCCACGUGGAGAUUUAAAGAAAGCUGUGGAGAUUUUUUGUAAUUGGUUGGAAGAAAGAGUAGAACACGAGGAAAAAAUGUUGACAGAAAAAGGAAUUGGUAAUAUAUGGGUUGGUCUGAUUGGGCAUUCUAUGGGUGGACUUUUAGGCGCUGAUGCUAUAAUAAGAUUUUCAAAUCAAUUAAAACAACCAAAAAUAAUUGGAUUAUUAACUUUUGAUUCGCCAUUUUAUGGAGUAAACAGCGAUGUCUUCUCCAGAGCAGCAUUAGAAAGAGUAUCGGGAGUUACUACAAAACUUAAAGAAACAUAUUCAAUAUUUACAGCUACAAAAGAAUUUGUUUCAACAGUUUCUGCCUCAAAAGCAACAGCAGCUGCAGCUAUAGCUGCUUCUACUACCUCAACUGCUUCAAAAUCUGGCGGAUUUGGUGGUUGGGGUAUGGCAUUAGUUGGUGCAGCAGCUAUCGGAGCAGGUGCUACAGCAUAUUUACAUAAAGAAAAAGUUAUCACUUAG